AUGCUCGACUUGCACUUCAUCGAACGGGUGGUUGGGUUUAAGUCGUCGGGGCCCCGUGGAUUUUCAAGUCGACUCAGAACGGACGGGGCAGGCAUCACCAACAAGAUGGCAUCGUCUCACGAGACUUCUGUGCCGAAGUGGAACCCACCAUCAGCAGCCGCGAGCGGUGAUAGAGCGCGGCAAGGGCGGCACCAACAGCGCACCGGCAGCCUCGCCAAAGCUCUAGAUGGACGCCAGCAACAGCAACAGCGGCAGGUUGGCGACAACAUGCAUCGCCUGCUUCAAGAAGUAGCUGGGUCUAGCGAUCUCCUCAAGGACUGCAUACGUGCCCGGGAGGCCCUAGGGACUGCCAAGCUCAGAAUCUUGCGCGAUAGAGACGAAGCCCGAAAAGUCAGUAGAAUCACAAGGUCACCAUCCGCAAUUCUGCUGCACGGCGGGAGCUGGGAAGACUGUGGUUGGGAUGACGACGAUGAUAUUAGGGCGGGAAAGAAUGUCGCGGGGGUGCCUGGGGAUGAUGGAGAGGAGUCGCCGGCAAUGGCGGCGGCACUGCCGCUGGCGCAGGAGUUCGCUGACAAGAUGGUGGAGCUCGCGAGCGUCGUUCCGGGGCUAUCACGGUCGCUUGUAGAGUUGACAGCGGCGACGACCUCUACAAGCGUGGAUGGCCACAGCACGCCCUCGGCAGACACAGCAGGGAAGGGAGGGGGGUUAACGCAACCUCCCUUGCCAAGCGCCGACUUCGACUACGUACAAGAAGUCAUCAAGGUGGCACCUCCGGUGCUCGCCCGGCUGCUGUCGUUUGAACACCUCCGGGCCUCUGAAACCACGGGACGCGAUUUAGUGCAAGCGCUAGUGAACCUUUACGUCGGGGUUAGGUCUCCUGGGCUUGGCUCAGCAGUGUCCCAGGUGUACGGUGGGAAGUUGGUGCGGUCGAAGGGACUUGAUGAGCUGCUAGGGAGAAGGGGCGUCACUGCUGCUCACCACGACAGGGCGGUGCAGGCAGAACUCCUGAAGAACACGGAGGUUCUGUUAGGCCUGACUGCGGAAGGCCUCCGUUCGAAACGCAAGGCCAACAAGCGGUCGAUCGGGCUGUCCGACCAGUGUGUGCCCUCGGCCUACAUUCCCAACAACAAGAGCCAUAUCAACAUCAGCAGCAUCAACAACAACGGUAGUGGCCCACAGGAGAGACCAAGCCGAAAACGCCCACGGCCCGCAUUUACGUCAGCAUCAUCACGGGCGACACCAAAAGCCUCACCGGCACGACUAGGAGCGACGAUGACGACGGCGGGAGCGGGACAACAGAGCCUGGCGGCCGGGACACCGGACUGCUGUGUAAAUCCUACCCACAAUACUAGCGUGCCAGGCUUUCCAGUGGAGGCAGGCGCAGGGACCAGUCGUCUUUUUCGUGAUGAAGGCGGUUUUCUCUUAGAGGCGUGUGAGGAAGACAUGGGGUUAGGGUUACGUUCUCCAAAAACGGAGGGUCCCCCGGAGCUUCUGUUGGAGCACACCGUGAGAGCGCUAAGUGCCAUGCUGGUGCCGAUGGGUGGGGGAAGCCAGCUCCCGUCCCAGCUCCUCCAUGCUUGCUUACAGCAGGAUGCCUACCACCUGCUGGCCGGACCAAUCCGCAGCGGGAAAGCAUCGUCGCAAGUCGGCCGCGAACCACCGUUUCUGAUUCCAAACAACGACCACCGCGGGUCCGCAUCGCUAUCGGCAUCAGCAGCGCCACAGCAGCUGAUGUCGCCAGAGAAACAGCAGGGGCGGCAGGAGUUUCGAUCAGGGGUGCAGCCGCUGCCGCUCCCGCCCGCUUCGCUGCUGCUCCCCAAGGACCAUUCCCCCGCACUCUCAGAGUGGGAGGAGCGUGUCCAGGGCUGUCUGUCAACCCUGGAAAGCCGGCCACUCCUCUGUCCAGACGCCCUUCUAAGGGCCACGGGCGCGGCACCGUCUCUCCCCUCCGAGGUGUGUGUGCGAGGCGGCAUGGCGAGAGAGGGCAGAAGCGUGAGCGUGGACGCCGCGAAAGGCAGGAACAACAACAGAGGGUUUCCUCUGUCCGAGGCGUGCUUGUUUGUAGGCCUGGAUGUGGUGGAAGAGGCGGUUCUGGGAAGAGGUGGGGAAGCGGCCGCAGGUUUGCUGAGGGCGUUCAGGACCGUUCGGAACAACGGUGGUGGUGGUGGUAGUUAUCAGGACCACGCGCUCGCUGGGGGUGGCAGGGGGCACGCGGAAGGGGGGGAGUUUUCCCUCUUCGUGGCGGUUUUGGGGCAGGAAUCACAUCAGUGUGAAGACAAUGUCUUCAGCAGCACCACCGCCAUGUCUCUGCCUACCUUUCGGCGGCCCUUCGAGUCGGAGCUGUGGUUGCUAGUGCUCGGCUAUCGGCACUGGGUGAUGGUGGCGAUGGUGCACAUUUUUUCGACAGACUCAAGCUCACCCUGCGUCGCAGGCGAUACUGAUGCUGGCAUCAAGGAACGAAGGCAACGACAAUCGUCCGCGGUCUGGCUGCUCGCAUGGUACGCCUGCGGAGGCUACACGAAACCGCCACAUGCCAACUUCAGUGAAAUGGAGGAGGCUGUCCGACAAAUGACCACGUGUCUCACGGAGUGCUCCGAAAGAGUGAAUAUCUCGGCGAAACCCCCCACCGAAGAUGAAAAUUCCUCUUCAGCGGAGGCGUUCAAGACCGGGGAUGCGACUUCUGCGUCCCCUGUGUCAGCAGGCGUCCAGGUGGCGAUGGCGUUGAAGGCGGCGGGUGAAGCGGGACAGGGACUGAUGGGCGAGAUAUUUUCUCCCUGCCUAGCGGUGGCGUGGCUGCUAACGUCUCGGCUCGCCGUCUGCAACUGCGAGAUCGUCUUGGGUUCUAGCGUGUUGAGGCAGGAGGACUUGGAUGGAGCAUUCCGAACGGCGACGGUCACGAGUACUUGGACGUCUGCCGAGGAGUCUACUCAUAAAAGGCGGUCUUGUUGCCUUGAAAGCAUUCUCCAAGGCUUGGCAGCACUGGAGGAUCUGGUGUGGCUCUGUACUAUGAGACCCCCAAUGUCGCACGUGCACCAAGGGCAACACUUAAGGGCGUUGCUAAAGCGCACCAAGGCCUGGGUGUCGGGGCUUCUUGGCAAUACGUGUCUACAAGGAGAGGGUGGGGUAUCCAAAACUCCGGUCGCCGCUGACCAUCUUUGUGGCGAUCAAUCUCUGGUUGACUUGGUUGACUUCCGUUCUAGAAAGGAUGCGAUCUCUCAACGCCUCGGGCAGCUGCUGGCUGGUUUAUAGCCACGGCUCGUGGCCAAGCACUUCGUGGUUUUAGGAAGAGUUUGGUGUCUUUUAGGAAGUAGACGACGGGAGUGGGAGGUUCUCUCACUUGAAACGGAACCGGGCUUUGAUUUACCAACGUACGUCAUGUGGUGGUGACGCGAGGGGCAUUGGGGGUUGUGCUUCACCGCUCCCGGGGCUACUUUCGAGCCUGAGACCCCAAGCGUUUUGGCCGACAAGGGACAUUUACAUGUGUGUGUGUUGACGUUGCACUGUGGUGCAAGCAUGCAGUGCCAAGCUCAGAUUUUUCACUUGCCGGAAAACACCCCGGAGUACCCUACAGGAAUGUAGGUUUAACUUGCGCGGUUGUUUUGGGGUAUCAUCCACAGUCCUUUCCUUCCAGCUACCUUACACAAGGAAAAUCGCGAUGGUACACGCAUGCGCGACUUGUUUCGUGGCGUGCGGGUGCAAACACAGAUAGAUGUGACUGGCUACGGAACCAAACGAACGAGCGGAUCGAGACCUCCACAUCAUACCAGUCGCGAAUGCUUCAUGAAUCGCCCCACACAUUCCGCACAGCCGCGAGACGCAACAUCCGUUACAAGGGCGAGAGAGGCUCGGUUCUUCUUGCACCUUACUGCCGCUGUCCACCAACCCAUGGAUGAAGCCGUGAGGGAUAUUGUAGGGAGGCGAGCAGCUUGUGGUGGAAGACACCGCACAGCCCAACGAAAUAAAGACUUGCGUUUAGGGCUCUCAUGUGCAAAAUGUGAACGGGUGCACGUGCAGCGGCCAACCGCCAGCACAACACAGGAGGAGACCUCCGACAAACAAAAAAACAAAAACUUGAAUUAAAGGAAAGAGGAGAGAGGGGCAAUCGCCGAAACGGACCCGUGCCAUGGUUCGCAACAGCGUUAAAAGCAAGAAGAGGGGCGGGCUAACGAAACACUCCUUCUAUACCGGCUACAAGAACCUCAGACAACCGAGAGAGGAACAGCAGAAACUACUAUUAACUGAGCUUGUCUGUGUUUCUCUCAAAAAGUCGACUUCGCCGCAAGCUUCUCUCCACACCCGUUUAAAACCCCUCCUCUACAACAAGACUCACGGCAACGUACCAGCAACGGCAUCUAUUCGAUCGCAGCGUGCCACGAGUUGAUCAACCGGGGUGAUGCAGCCCGUAGGGUUUCCCCCAGUUAGUACUUCUUGUGGGGGGACCCGACGUGCCACGCGAGUCGUGAAGCAGGGGUGAAUCUAUCGCAACGUAGCAAAAUACCGCCAACAAAUUGCCCCGAUCGCGGUGGUCGGUAGCCAUAUUCCGCCGUCCAACAGAGACCCGACAACCAAAAAAAGAGCCAGUACUUGACAAACAAAAACUGUUCCGCCACGAGACGAGUUAGCCCGUGUAAGGGAACCCGCUGUUGGUGAGCACGGCCUGGGUCACC